AUGAACACAACGACAUUGCUUACUCAACUCAAUAUUGAUGAGACGCUAGUAGAAUGCAUAUAUUUAUUUGGUUCACAUGCAUACGGUACAGCAAGUGAGCAACGUCAAAGUGAUUACGAUAUCGUAAUGGUACUCAAAUCAAACGCAUUCGAUAGGCAUCCAUUUUUUAAAUGGAAAAAUCUAAACUGGUUAGUAAAACAUAAUUGGAUAAAUCCAAAGUUUCGUAGCUUAUUUUCUGGCGAAUCGGAUAAAACAUGUUUUAAAGAUUUGGGUGAUAGAGAUGCACAAGUAUGGAUGUACAACGUGGACACCUUUCGAAAACUUUUAACGACAAACACUAUUUUUGCUAUCGAAUGUUUUUUUCUGCCUCCGAAGCUUAAAUGGAUUGAAAAAACGAAAUUUGCUGAUGAAUUUCGCAUUGAUGAUCAUAUGUUGGAACAAUCAGUGCUGAAUCAUUCGCGAUCUCAUCUUUUCAUGGCGUGUAAAAAUAUGACACAAGCAUUAUUUCCACAUGAAAAUGAUGAUAACGAGACUCGAAAUGCAAUUGCUAAAUUGUCAAAAGAUCCAAUAUGGAACCAUGCAUUAGUGCCCAUAAAUUAUAGCUUUUACAAAACAAAAAAAUUGAUAUGGCAUUCAAUUCGUUUGCUGUAUUUUGGUAUCAAUGUGAAACGUUUUGGUCAAUUGAUAGAUUAUACUGCUGCGAAUUAUUUAUAUGAAGAUCUUCUUGCCAUAGAAUCACACAAAUGGAUAGACUUUGCCAACAAAUAUAUUCCUAUUUAUAAUGAAUUAACCAAUGAGUUCAUAAAUCUUACACGAGAUCCAUCUACGUUAUCUGAUAAAAUGGAUUUGUAA